CGCCGUCAAAAUGCCAAAAUUCGUUCCGAGGCAGAGGAAGCAUAAAGUCAUCGCGCGUGAGAAAGCGCAUCAGAAUGGGACUCGGGACCACGAGACAGCCUCUUCAAAAAACGAUAGUAAUGCGUUGGAGAUCCUCCCCGAUGCCCAGAAAGGAGCUCGUGAAGUCAAGAGAGCUCAGCUGAGAGAAGAGUUGAAAGGGCAGGCUAAAGUGAGCGGCAAAAAGGCCAAAAGGCUCGAAAAGUACAUCGACAACAAGCUCAAGAAGGACGAAAAUCGGGCUCUCUUGGCUGAAUUGGCCAAGAAUAAAAUCGACACAAGCUUGUUUUCUAGCACUCGGAGUCUUGGCCAGGGCAAGGAGACAAAACGUCAGGCACUUGGUCGCGCGUUAAGGGAACGACAGGCUGGGGUUGGCCAGGGUGACGAGAGUUUAUUAUUCGAAAGGAGAGAUACACCGGAGAGCUAUGAGUUGGGCGACCAUGAUGUUUUGGAAUCGACAAAUAAUCGCUUCACUGGCCGGGAUGGAGCGACGUCGCGGAAUGAUCGGGCGACGGCUGAUACCGAUACUAGCGUAAACGGUGGCGACGCAUUUCCCGUGAGGCCAACGGCGGUGGCGGUAGGAUCCGGUCUCAAACGACCUCUAGAAGUGGAUGACGAGGGACGGCCUGUUAUCCAAAAGAGACAGAAGCGCGGCGGCGUCAAAUCCAAGGUGUCCCUACGGCCACAGCCUAUACAGCCCGAGACGCCCCCCGACGAUUCGGAGGAAGAUCACACGAGUGACGGUGCGGUGGAGGACGAGGAAUGGGGCGGCUUCGGCUCUGAAGAGUCCGCGCAUGAUUCUACGGACUCCGUGAACGUCUCCGGGGGAUCUGGAGAAGGAUCGACGGAUGAAGAGUCUGGUAACGAGGAAAGCUCAUCUGAAGAAGAAAGCGGUGAAUUUCAAGGAAAGGAGAGGUCUUCAGCCUUCAAAGCUUGGGCCCACGAACAACGUAACACUGCCCUUGGUUACCAGCCCGUUGAAAGCAAUACCGCUCUCCUGGACAUUCCAGUCCCUGAGAAUUUUCAACCCCGUCCGUUGGAACAGGAUCCACUGCCUCAAGAGCUGCUCCCGACCCAGGACACUGGACGCAAAGCGUUCGGCGUUUCUGUUCGGAGGACAUCCGAGAUACAGGAUGCGCGGCUACGACUGCCAGUUGUAGCUGAAGAGCAGAGGAUUAUGGAGGCCAUCCACAACCAGAACGUAGUCGUGGUAUGCGGUGCUACUGGCUCGGGGAAAACGACCCAGGUACCGCAAUUCUUAUUCGAAGCUGGGUACGGUUCUCCUGGAUCCCCGACACCAGGUAUAAUUGGCGUUACCCAACCGCGAAAGGUUGCUGCGGUUAGCAUGUCGAAACGCGUGGGACAAGAGUUAGGCGAUCGGUCAGAUACUGUCGCAUACCAGAUUCGGUUCGAGGGCACAACCGACGAGAAGACGGCCAUCAAGUUCAUGACGGAUGGUGUACUUCUCCGUGAAGUAGCCAGUGAUAUAUCUCUCCGCAAGUAUUCCGCAAUAAUCAUUGACGAGGCCCACGAGAGAAGUGUCAACACGGAUAUCCUCAUCGGGAUGCUCAGCCGAGUGGUCAAAUUACGGGAGGAAAUGUCGGCCGAGGACUCGAAACUAGCCCCUUUAAAACUAAUUAUUAUGUCGGCCACUUUACGAGUAGACGAUUUUAUACGAAAUCGAACGCUAUUCCCGAUACCACCUCCCGUUCUCAACGUCGAAGGGCGCCAGCAUUCGGUUACUAUUCAUUUUUCUAGACGGACUCACCAUGAUUACGUCGACGAAGCAUUCAAGAAGAUUAUGAAGGGACAUCGUAAGCUCCCGCCUGGAAGCUUCCUGGUCUUCCUUACCGGACAUGACGAAAUACAAAGACUGAGUAAGAAGUUGAAACUUGCGUCCGGUACCCUAAACCCAGUCGCUUAUCCGAAAGUGCGAAUAUCCGCGAAUGACGCACCUUUAGAGGUUGAGGAUAUCGAGUUUGGGGAAAGCAAUGAAACUAUAAACGAUGACGAGGUUCUGUCUUCCGUUAGCGGCGAGGAUAAUGAGGGCGAUGAAGGAGAAGACGAUGCCGAAUUCAAUAUUUCGGAUGAUGUUGGGACGGGGCCCCUGAAGAUGCAUAUCCUUCCCUUGUACUCGCUAUUGCCGACAAGAGAACAGAUGCGAGUAUUUGAAGAUCCCCCUGAAGGCUCACGUGCGAUUAUCCUCGCAACAAACGUCGCUGAGACGAGUUUAACGAUACCUGGCAUUCGCUAUGUGUUCGAUUGUGGCCGAUCGAAGGAGAGGAAGUAUAAUCGAGACACGGGCGUGCAAAGCUACGAGGUCGGGUGGAUCAGCAAGGCCAGCGCGAACCAGCGAGCUGGGCGUGCGGGCAGAACUGGGCCAGGCCAUUGCUACCGAUUAUAUUCAUCUGCUGUCUACGAGCGGGAUUUCGCCGAGUUCGCCGUCCCGGAGCUGUUGAGGAUGCCCAUAGAAGGCGUUGUCUUGCAGCUGAAAGCAAUGCGACUCCAGCAUGUGGUUAACUUCCCUUUCCCGACGCCCCCAGAGCGGCAGAGCCUAGCGAAAGCAGAGAAGCUACUCCAGUACCUGUCGGCAAUUACUGAAUCUGGCCAAGCCACUCAGAUCGGAUCGACGAUGGCAAAGUUCCCUCUGCCACCCCGGUUUGCUCGGAUUCUACUAGUCGGGCAUCUGCACGACUGCCUCCCCUAUACCAUCGCGCUCGUCGCGGGCCUGUCUGUAGCGGAAGUCUUCAUCCCCGAGAGCCAGGCGGUGCCGGCCGUGUCCGCGGCGGAGGGCGAGGACCGCGGGUUCCGGACCAACGAGGACGUGGCGGCAGAGACGCGCCAGGCGCAGGCGCGGCAGCGGUACCGCGACGUGCACCGGAACUUCCGCGCGCUCGACGACGGGUCGGACGCGAUCAAGCUGCUGCAGGUGGUGGGCGAGUUCGCGCACGAGCCGACGGAGCAGUGGUGCGCGAGCCGGUUCGUGCGCUUCAAGGCGCUGCAGGAGGCGCAGAAGCUGCGGCGCCAGAUCACGGGGCUGCUGCAGAAGGACGUGCCGGCGUUCGCCGGGCUCGCGUUCCGCGAGCGGCUCGACCGCCCGACGCCCAAGCAGGUCGCCGCCCUCAAGCAGAUGGUCGCCGCCGGCUUCGUCGACCAGGUUGCCAUCCGCGCCGACCUGGCCCCCGCCCCGCCGUCCGACGCCGACGGGCACGGGAAGGCGAGGAAGCCCCGCCGCGCCAUCGACGUCCCCUACGUCCCGCUCCAUCCGACCGCCGCCGCCGCCGACCCGCGCGAUGCCCUCGUCUACAUACAUCCCUCGUCGCUGCUCGCCCACCUCAGCCCCCAGGAGUGCCCCGAGUACGUCGUGUACGCGCACCUGCAGCGCGCGGCCGCGGACCCGACCGCAGACCCGAGCGCCGCGCGGCCCAAGACGCGGAUGCUCGCGCUCACCGACGUGACGGGCGCGCAGCUCGCCGCCCUGGCCAAGGGCACGCCGCUCCUCACGUACGGCAAGCCGAUCCGCGAGGUAGUCGAAACGGCCGCGGGGGCGGCGACCAGAGAGUGCUGGGUCGUGCCGUAUCUGCGCGCCGAGGGCACCGGCGGCCAGGGCUGGCCGCUCCCCGUGAGGAAGGUCACGCAGAGGAAGGUCCCCGGCAAGGGCUGGGUCGUGGAGUGAGUAUCCCUGGAUGGAAGGACGGGCCGGGUCGUGAUGGAGCCCCUGGGUAUACGUGCUGCGGCCGGUCUGGUUGGUUGAUUGCCGUGGAGGGUUUCGGAGACGUGUGGUGUCCGUACAUAGAUGGGUAUCAGGUAUAGGUUGGGUGUUGGGCGUCCCUGUCGGCUUGUUGCGUAUAUAGGGGUGAAAAACUACCGGGCUGGGCCGAAAUAUCAACCUGCUUGCUACUGGUGACUUACUUCCCGUUGGACUUGGAGAUCCGUGCUUAUUGCGUACGUCCCUCGACUUUCAUCGCACACCUAAAGCUACACCUUGGGCUUCCCGACUGGGCUUCCCGACUGGGCUUCCCGACUAGGCCUCC